AUGGCAAAAGGGGCAAAGGCUGAAGGAGCAGGGGCUGGAGCGGUAGACGGAGGCGAGAUGGCCACCGCCUCGUCUUCAUCCGCAACAUCGGCCUAUGCUUCGCUCUCGUUCGCAGAAGUGCUAGAAGAUCUGAGCAGCCGCUUCAUUGUCAACCUACCUGCCGAAGAGCUGGCCAGCAUCGAGCGAAUAUGUUUCCAAGUCGAACAGGCACACUGGUUCUAUGAGGAUUUUCUGCGACCGCUCAAUCCAUCGCUACCGUCGUUUUCGCUUCGACGCUUCUCGUCUUAUCUGCUGCAUACAUCGGCCAUGACUGUCCCGCUCAUCCAGCGCUAUAUCUCGGCAUCGUCCACAAAGCAGAACCAGCAGGACCUGGAGGCGGCCUUUGACGAGUUUCUCAAGUACAAGACGAGGGUGCCCGUCUGCGGCGUCGUGAUGCUCAACAGAGCUUGGGACAAGUGCCUCCUCGUGAAAGGGUGGAAGUCGAGCUCGGCGUGGGGUUUCCCAAAGGGCAAAAUCAACCAGAAGGAGAGCGAGAGAGACUGCGCCGUCCGAGAAGUAUACGAGGAAACGGGAUUUGACUGCGGGCCUCUUCUUGCACACGACUCCAAUGACUUCAUGGAGCUGACGAUGCGCGAGCAGAAGAUCAAGCUCUACAUAGUCCCCAGUGUUGACGAGUCGACGCACUUUGAGACGCUCACGAGAAAGGAGAUUUCGAAAAUUGCGUGGUUCAAGCUGUCGGAUCUGCCGACGUGGAAAAAGAACAAGGCGCCACCAGCCGGUAUGGGAGGCAAAUUCUACCUCAUCUCGCCCUUCAUUUCCAAGCUCAAGCAAUGGAUCAACGAGAACAAAGCCUCGCACGCCUACAGGCCAGCCAUCGCACCGCCGGACAGUGAUUUCCUCUUCGCCCAGUCGAGUGACCCACCCACGGCACCAGCAGCAUUGCGUGGAGCCACGCCGAAAGGAGCGCCAAAGGAACCGGCAGCUAUGCGCAACGGGCAUUCCUCUUCAGCCGCGAAACCGUCUCAGGGGCUCUUGUUUCCAGACAGCAGCACGUUCUUUCCCACGGCGUCUGCAGCGUCCUCUAUGAGUAAACAGCUGCAACCAGCGGAAGAGGCGUCUACCGACGGUCUCAAGGCAUUGCUCGGACUAGGCAAUGCUGGCGGCGCAGGCGCAUCGGCACCGUCUUUGCCAAUGCAGGGUCGAGGAGCGCAAAUGAUCGAGGCACAGGGAGAUGCACGUAGCAGGCAGCUCCUCGACCUUCUCAGAGGCUCGUCGUCUUCUGCAUCAGAGACUGGCUACGCUUCCUCGCCGCAGCAUACCUUCAAGAGCCAGACGCCGUCCACAUCUACCCCAUCUCGGCAGCUGGAUGAUCGGGAGAGCGGCACAGCUGCGCUACUGGCCGCUCUCAAUGCGGGCGCGGGUAAAGCCUCGGAACUAGGCGCACCUGGACAAGGGCAAUCAGCAAUGCUGCUUUCGCUUCUCAAUGGCACCGCCGAACCGCCGACAUCUCGGCAGCAAUAUGGUGUGUCACAGCUUGCGCAAACGCCAGCGAUGAUGGCGCAAUUCCCACCAAUUCUUCCCUCCAACACGUUCCACCGACCCCUCGAUUCGCCCUUGCCCGCGCCGCGAGCGCAGAACACAGCCCAGCAAAAGAGCCUGCUGGAUCUCAUCAGCCCUGCUGGAGGUUCCAUUUCGAUCUCGGCUGGUCACCCCAGCAAGCAUCUGGAGGACAAGCCCAAUGCUCAGUCUCAAGCAGCACCAGUCGACGAAAAGGAGAGAGAGCGUGCUCGGAAACGCGAUGCUUUGCUGGCCAAUCUGGUCGGCGGACAAAUGCAGCUCAACGAGCCUUUGAGAGAAGCUGCUCAGCCAGCUCAAGAAAAUACAGACGCGCCUUCUAACGGCCUGCUGUCGAUGCUGAAUGGUCGCAGCGGUGAUGAGACUAGACGGCAACAGGAAGAGGAGGAGGCACAGCGGCGGCGUGCAAACGACUUUCGCUUCCCGCCUGCACCAGCACCUCAGCAACACCUUCCGCCGCCUCCGCUGCCGCCUGGACACUAUGCGGCCCCACAUCACCACCAACAGCAGCAGCAGCAGCAGCAACAGCAACAACAAUGGCAACAGCAGCCUCCUCCCAUGUUGUCGAACGACGCUCAGACGUCUGGCCUACUGGCCAUGCUCAAUUUUGGCGCAGCACCCUCGUCGCAGAUGCAACAGCAGGGCAAUGCCGACGCUCCAUCGCAGGAUUCCAACGGCCUGCUUGCUGUUCUCAAUGGCUCAAGCCCCCAUGCGAGGACUGCACAUCAACCUCCUCCUCAUGCACCGCAUGAAGUGAGCCCGCUUCCACCACACCUGGCGGCCAUGUACGGAGCUUUGCCGGGACCACAGCACCCUCAGCGACCGCCUCCUCCGCCACAUUGGGGUGGUCCUCCUCCCCUUACCAUGCCACCGCCACCCCAUCAUUACCAACAGCCGCCAUUCUCCCGGCCACCGCAAGGAUACUAUCACCCGCAACAGAUGAUGGACUACCCAGGAUCCUCUUCACACGCGUACAGCAGUCCCAACGGCACGCAAGGACCCAUGGGUCUGCCCCCACACUGGCUCAGUCCAAUGCCCCCGCCUCAACAGCAGCAGGCCAUAGCGAACACGAGGCAAGCAGACCCGGGACCUUUCACAGCGUUGCUGCCUGGGAAGUAG